AGCUGGUUUCUCAUUGAAGCUAUCACAGAACACAUCCCUAGACCCCUGAACUUUAGGAGUGGCCCCAAGAUAGCAGAGGCAGAAUGGAUGGGCUGAAAUGGAGGCAUUCAAUAGAGUGGGCAUUCAAUAGAGUGGGGUAAAUUUCUACUGAAUUUCUUCAAGUGGGGAAGCACCUUUCUCUGUUGGGACAACCUCUUAAUGACUUGGGCCACGUAUGUCCCUUCUCUGCCUCCCUUUGAAGUUGUUGAUUCAAGGUCAGAUGACUAAUAUAGGAAGCAUGAGCAUGGAGGUGUCUCCCAGUAACUGUCUAUCCCUGUUUCUUAACCUAAAGUAGUCAAGGCCCUGACCUGGUCAUAAAAUGCAAUUUGUCUGAGUCUACAAGCAGCAGGGUCUGGAAGCAGUAGUGUGUGGGAGGUAGAGAUACUCCCUGCUUAUGCAAGUUCCCCAGAGUGUUAGAAAUAUAUGUAUGUAUAUAUAUGCAUAUAUAUAUACAUACAUAUGCACACACAUAUAUAUGCAACCAUAUAUAUGUAUGUAUACAGUGUAGGAAGAGAGAUUUCCAUCAGUUUAUUAAACGUGUUGAAGCAAGCUGGGGACUGAGUACAGGAGUGAGCAAAAAGUCUUCACCUUGGGCAAGUUUGUGUAAAACAGUCUGAAUGCAAAAUUCAAGGAAUAACCUUAACAGGUUAGAGCCAUAAAACCAGCCCUGGUUCUAGCAUGGGCCAAGUCCAGCUGUACCUCCUCCACUCCGCUAGGAGGCAGUGCGGCCACCCACCGCUCUCCCGAUAGGCUUCGCGCGGGCGCGCAUGUUUAAGUGGACGGAAGUGCCGGUGGCGCAAGGUCGCUCAGCAGGCGGAAGUGGUUCGCACGCCGGUAGCCGCCAUGCCGGGAGACCACCGCCGCAUCCGCGGGCCGGAGGAGUCCCAGCCGCCUCAGCUGUACGCGGCCGACGAAGACGAGACGCCUGCUGCCCGCGACCCGACGCGGCUACGACCGGUGUACGCGCGCGCCGGGCUGCUGAGCCAGGCCAAGGGCUCGGCCUACCUGGAGGCGGGAGGCACCAAGGUGCUGUGCGCCGUGUCGGGCCCGCGCCAGGCCGAGGGCGGCGAGCGCGGCGGCGGCCCUGCGGGAGCGGGCGGCGAGGCCCCGGCCGCCCUCCGGGGCCGCCUGCUCUGUGACUUCCGCCGCGCGCCCUUCGCCGGUCGCCGGCGUCGGGCGCCCCAGGGCGGCGGCGAGGAGCGCGAGCUGGGUCUGGCGCUGCAGGAGGCUCUGGAGCCCGCGGUGCGCCUGGGGCGCUACCCUCGCGCCCAACUCGAGGUGUCCGCGCUGCUGCUGGAGGACGGCGGCUCUGCGCUGGCCGCCGCGCUCACGGCCGCCGCGCUCGCCCUGGCCGACGCGGGAGUGGAGAUGUAUGAUUUGGUAGUGGGCUGCGGCCUGAGCCUCGCCCCGGGACCCUCGCCCACUUGGCUGCUGGACCCCACGCGGCUCGAGGAGGAGCACUCCGCAGCCGGCCUCACGGUGGCGCUCAUGCCGGUGCUCAAUCAGGUGGCCGGGUUGCUGGGCAGCGGGGAAGGCGGCCAGACCGAGAGUUGGACGGACGCGGUGCGCCUGGGCCUGGAAGGCUGCCAGCGCCUCUACCCAGUGCUGCAGCAGUGCUUGGUGCAGGCUGCCCGCCGGAGGGGCGCCGCCGCCCCUUCCUGAUUGGAAAUCCUGAGCAACAACGAUGCGGAAGACUACUGUCGCCCUUCUCUCCCAAGAGGACCGGCGCUGCUGGUCGCCUGGCUUAGCUGAGCCGAGAAACGAGAGUGGGAGGUAGCGCGCACGGAACCAAAGCACUGGACAGCUGUGUUGGGACGAUGUAAAGGGCCUUUGCAGCCACCAUCCAGGUGGAAAAAUUCCAAAGUUGGAAAGGACUUAAGCUGGAUUGCCUGGUAAAUGAGAUCUGGAGCUGUGGUCUUCUAAAGGACAGACCCUCUGCAGGCCAGCCGUUGGCUCCAAUGUAUGAUAAACUGCUUCUUUUGAGAGGAUGGACAAGGGGACUUUGCUUUCUCACUACCCGAACUAAAACAUAAAAACCUUUUUUAUACCUAAAAAUACAUCUGCUGUGGUUUUUCCUGGUACUAGAGUUAGAAACAAUGCUGUUUUGAACUGGG